GAAGCUGGGUGUCUACGAGAGUGUGAACAUCAUCAGCCCCCGGGACGCUGCGACCCUCUUCCAGGCGGAGGGGACGCUGCCGGAGCGCUUCAGCGUGCCCCCCUGGGUGGCUUACCGCGACUACCGCAGCAAGCCCUACGGUGUGCUCCUCAAGAAGGGGGAGGCCUGGCGCUCGGACCGCCUGAUGCUCAACAAGGAGGUGCUGUCACCGGACGUGGUGGAGGGUUUCGUGCCCCUGCUGAGCGAGGUGGGCGAGGACUUUGUCCGGCGGGCACGAGCCCAGGUGAGGAACAGUGGCCGGGAGUGCUGGACGGCCGACUUCACCCACGAGCUCUUCCGCUUUGCCCUGGAGUCCGUGUGCCAUGUUCUGUUCGGGGAGCGGCUGGGGCUGCUGCAGGACUUCGUGGACCCUGAGGUGCAGCGCUUCAUCGACGCCGUGACCCUGAUGUUCCACACCACCUCACCCAUGCUCUACCUGCCGCCCACCCUCCUCCGCCACCUCAACGCCAAGACGUGGCGGGACCAUGUCUGGGCCUGGGAUGCCAUCUUCUCCCAGGCGGACAAAUGCAUACAAAACGUCUACCGGGACCUGCGGCUGCAGCGCAAGAGCUCCAAGGAGUACAUGGGCAUCCUCUGCAGCCUCAUCAUGCAGGACAAGCUGCCCUUGGAUGACAUCAAGGCCAACGUCACCGAGAUGAUGGCGGGCGGGGUGGACACAACCUCCAUGACGCUGCAGUGGGCCAUGUUCGAGCUGGCGCGGUCACCAGGGGUCCAGGAGCAGCUGCGGGCAGAGGUCCUGGCCGCCAAGCGAGAGGCGGUGGGGGACAGGGUGAAGAUGCUGAAAACCAUCCGGCUGCUCAAAGCCGCCAUCAAGGAGACGCUCAGGCUGCACCCCGUGGCGGUGACCCUGCAGAGGUACACCACGCAGGAGGUCGUCCUCCAGGACUACCGCAUCCCCCCCAAGACGCUGGUGCAGGUCGGUCUCUACGCCAUGGGUCGGGACGCCGAGGUCUUCCCCAAGCCGGAGCAGUUCAGCCCCCAGCGCUGGCUGGCGGCUGGCCCCAAGCACUUCAAGGGGCUGGGGUUCGGUUUCGGACCCCGCCAGUGCCUGGGACGCCGGAUUGCUGAGCUGGAGAUGCAGCUCUUCCUCAUGCACAUCCUGGAGAACUUCAAGAUCGAAACCAUGAGAGCGGUGGAAGUCGGGACCAAGUUCGAUCUCAUCCUGAUCCCGGACAAGCCCAUCUACCUGACCUUACGGCCGCUGGGGUCCCGGGCGUGAGGGGCCCGAUCCUGGGUGACACCCAGCCGGUCCCGGUUUGGGGGACACC